AUGUCAACCAGAAGACGAGAUGCUAGUCCACCUAAAUAUGAGGAAGCAUUUCAUCAACUUCGAAUUCCAAAAUGCAUUAGUUUCAAAUCGAAAAAUUCUGCCGAUGAAUUGUGCCAUUGUGGUCGCAGUUUGGAUGCACAUAGUAAACAUCGUCCGCCUCAUACACACCAAAAUGAAUGGGACAUCAAAAUUCAUACAAUAAGUGAAGUGAAAAACGAGCAUGGAUUAUUAAACAAUGAUGCACCUGUGCAACCAAAAGUGUUAGAAAAAAUGUUGCUUGAUAUCUGGAAAUUAUCGAAACCACGUUUAGUAAUGUCAAUUAUUGGUGGUGCCAAAUAUCUUAAACUGGCUGAAGGAUUAGAAACAAAAUUUAUCAACGAAAUCAUAAAUGUUGCUUUAAAAUCUGGUAAAAACGCAACAAAAGUGCACAUGGAUACAUAG